AUGAGUGAUUUUUCUUGGCCAAAAAGCGAUGUUAGAAAAUAUGAAAAUGAAAUUUAUAGCAUUCUUCAAAGUUUUGAAAAAGCCCAAGAAUGGGCAGACCUAAGCAAUUGUUUACAGAGAUUAAAUAGAUGUAUUAGUAAAGAGUUUUGUGAUAUUCCAGGAGUACCUCUGAAGGAAACCGUUUCAAAGAGACUUGCUCAAUGCCUGAAUCCAUCUUUACCUAGUGGGGUUCAUACUAAAGCAUUAGAAGCUUAUGGAGGAAUAUUUGAAAAGAUUGGUGAGAGCGAAUUAAGUUCUGAUCUAGCACUAUAUGGAUCUGGGCUCUUCCCAUUUUUUGUUCAUUCUUCAACACAAAUUAAACCCAUUUUUCUUGACUUAAUUGACCGAUAUUUUUUGCCUUUAGGCCCGGGUUUACUUCCAUGUUUAUCUGGGCUUUUAGUAGGUCUACUGCCGGGACUGGAGGAUUCAAAAAGUGAAUGUUAUGAUAGAAUAAUGAAGACAUUUCAGUCAAUAUCAAGUGGAAGUUGUGUUGGAGAAAAAAAUUUCAUGUGCACAUUGUGGCUUGUUAUCCUAAGAACAACACAAGUUAGGUACCCAGCUUUAGAAGUGAUAAUGGCAAGAUUCUCAACAAUUUCUACAUCAAAUAAAGUAAAUUCUAUUCAAAAAAUUCAGAAUCUGAUCCCUUGUAACAUUCUUUUUUUGAAAGCUCUUGAAUCUUGCUUCGAUGAUGAGAACAUUUUAGUUAAAAGAUAUCUUUUGGAUUUCCUAAUUUCUUAUGUUCCUCUGAAUAAAAGAAAUAGUUUAAAACUUGAUAAUAACUAUAUUGAAAAAAUAUUACCUUAUAAAUCCAAAAUAAAUUUGCUGAGAAAAGCUCUUAAACUUUUCUUAUUAAGAGAAUGGUCAUUAACAAGGAGGUUGAUACAAUGGAUUAUGAAUGAAAAAAACAUUUGCCCUGAAGGUAGAAAUGAAGAUAAAAUUAAUAAUGAAAUAAUACAAAUAUUAAUUAAUGCUAUUUUUGAAGAUUUUAUUUCCUCCGUUUCAUUAUUAGAACUUUACUUUGCAAAUUCUGAAGGUAGUGCAAAUUUUACUAAGUAUCAGCCCAAUAGGAUUUCAAAAAAUUUGAAUGGCUUACAACAAAUGUAUAAUUUAAUAAAUCAACCGGCUAUUCUUCAGCCAAUUAAAAUGCUCAAUGCUUUAUUUGAAGAAUUUGCUCAGUGCGUAAAUUUUAUUGCUCCUAAAAUAUUAAUUCCAGUACUUAUAUACAGUAGAGAAUCAAUUAUUAAGUUUCCAGAACUGAAGGAUUCUAUUAUUAGCGAAUGCAAUUCACUGUUAAAAUUAUCCAAUCUACUUCCAAGUACUUUUUUAGAAAUAAUUAAUUCGUAUUUUGCAAAUAUUCUCACAAAUAAAGCAGAUAUGUUGAGCACUGAUCAGGAUAAAUCUUCAAUUGUUAUCAAUCCCACUUCUUCACUUUUGAAAGAGAUCAUUUUAUUUUACGUUGACAACUUUCUAUUAAACCGAGAAACUAUGGACAAAGAUAACUCGUUUGAAUCCUUCUUUGUCAAUUUAUUUCUAAUUUUAAUAAACAUGAUGGUGAGAUUUAAAGCUAAAAACAAAGAAAUGAUUAUUUUUGCUCGAUUAUGCAUAUUUUCCAUUAAUAAUCUAAAAGAUAUAACAGAAAAUGUGAAAGAUAUGUUUCAACCAUCAAUCAUUACAUUCAAACUAUUUGCCGAAUUCAUUUCAACUUCCUUAUGUGAAAAUGCCUUUAAUAAAGAAGAUAUUGUUCUUAGAAACGCAUUUUAUGAAAUUUUAUCAGAUUUAUUUAACAUCAAAAUAUUCAACGAAAUAUUAUUAAACCAAACGGAUAUGAUUAAUUUGACUCCUUUUGAAAAGUUUCCAAUUCCUUCUUGGCUUUAUAAACUAUACAGCCGCAUAAUUGGGUUGGAUUUCACUGAAUAUUUAUUUCUGAAACUAGAAAACUACCACAUUGAAGACUCUUUCAAAUGUUUAAAAAUAAUUAUUGAAUUAUUAUUCAAUUCAAAUUUUUUUUCUAGAAAAGAGCUCAUUCCAUCUUGUUGGGCAGAUUGCACUGUUAAGAUAAUGAAUAUUCUCUGGCUCUUUCUUAGUCCAAACUUUUUUAGGUUUCAUGAAGCUACUACCUACUUAUUAAUUAACUUAGAAAAGUGGGUUCAAACAAAUUCUAGUCGUUUAUCAAACUAUACUAAUUUAUUUAACCAGUCUCAAGUUAUUAGAGGGAACUCUAUUCUAAACCAAUUAUUUAUCAACCAGUUAAGUACACUGGAUUUUGGUCUUCGAAUUAAAAACAUUAAAAAGUUAUCUAUUUUUAUGAAAUAUUCGGUAAACUCGAUUUACAAAAUUCCUCCCGAAGUAACGUUUCUAAUACUAGAGGGGUUGGAUUCAAAUUUAAUUCAGCUUAGAUUAUCUUGUUCAAUUUGGAUAAUCCAAGCUAUGGAAACACCAAAACUGAUAUUGGACCAUCUUCUUAAUGAUUUAUCAGGAUUUGAAUUGGCCGUAACAGCUAAUAAUAGAUUACAGUACAACGAAGAUUUGGAUUUCGCAAGAAUAAUAUAUUCUUUGGAACGUUUAAUUGCUUUAAUAUCAAUGGAAAAUAUUAAUAUUAUACAAUUACUUUUUGAUACUAGUAUUGAUAAUUCAUCAAUUCCAUUUAACAUUUUUCAAUACGAAAUAAUAAAUUAUUUUGAUGCAUUUGUUUUUAUUUGCCUUACAUUAUUUAUUGCUGAGAUCCCAAAUUCUAGUGAUUUGAGAGUUAAUUGUACUGCAAUUGAUUCUUUAAAUUUUAUACUAAAUAAAUCAUUAAGUAAAAAUUAUAAACCUUCAAGGAAAUCCUUUAAUUUUGAAAAUAAAUUGAUAAUUAUGUUAUCACAUAUUACCAACUCGAUAUUAGAAGCUCUUCAGGAGUCUAUAACAACAAGGAAGUAUCCACUUCAGACACCAAUUAUUCGUCUUUUGAACACAAUACUACUUAUUCAGAGACAGUGUAAAAGUGUCACUCAUGAAUUUGAAAUUCAGAACUUUAUUUCAACAAAUAACAAACUUUUUACUAUCAUGAUUAGUGGAAUACAACAAAUGCCAAGCAUUCCAAAUAAUGAACAAAUUGAAUUUAAUAAAAACGACUGUUUUAUAGUAUCAACCAAUUUUUCCUCAAUUUCAUCAUGUUCCUCUUUAAUAAAGCCGUAUUUAGACUUUUUAUUAACCAUUUUUGAAGAUCUCGAUCAAGAAACUCUUAUUCAAAAUGUUAAAUCAAUAAUUAUAUGUCUAUGUAUGGAACUUGUCGUAUCUUUGUCUAACAAAAACUAUUCAGCAAUUAUUCAAUACUUAGAUUCAAUUCUAAAAGUUCUAUUAAAUGUAAUUGGAAUUUGCCCUAUUUCAGAUACCCUUAAUGAAUCCAGGCCAAACCAUUUACAGAAUAAUACAGGAUUUAUAUUUUCUCUUUUCAAUUCAAAAAAGGAAUAUCAAAAUAAAAACAAAAUUGAACUUAAUUCUUUGAAUACUAUUCCACAACUACUUAACAAUCGAUUAGAGGCAAAUGAAUCUAUAACAAAAAUUUCAAAAUCAAUCAUUCUAAAAAAAACAAUUCUAAUUUUGUUUAGUGCUCUAAUAGAAGCAUUAAACUUUGUACAUGAAAGUGAUUUGUUGAAGGAAGCUCCGAUUCUUGAUUUAGUAUGCUCCCAAAUAUUGCGUUAUGUAGAUUCAAUUGCGUUUAUAAUUGCUUGGAAUGCUUCAGAUGCAUUCAUUUUUUCAGGAAUUGUUUGUUGGUCGCAUGUUAAUAAUCAGAUAAUAAAAACAAAAUCAUCAAAUUCAUUUAGACGAGAAAACAGCGAUAAUGACUUAAGAAGUACAUCAAUCAUUUCAAUUUUCCAGCUAAGUUCAUUAAAGGAAUUUAUAAACCCAGUGUCAAUUUUUUCAGUGAUUGGUGAUUUUCUCUCGUAUUUUUGGCUCUAUUCGAGCAACUCUAAUACUCUAAAUGGCACAAAUUGUGACUAUCAUAACGAAAUUCAAGACAAAAAAGUUCCUAGUUAUGUCUUAUUCUUUUCAAAAAUUUGUUUAGAUAAAGAAUGGAUUCAUUCUUAUAAAUUUUGGAAAGAAUCGUUGGUUUAUCAUUUUUUAUAUACAAUACUUGCUACAUCUCCAUUUUUGAAUGCUCCAGAUGACUUUCUGAAUAUUUGGGAAAUUGUUUCAGCAUUACUAAAUUUAUUUCUUCAAAACGUUAAACAACCAAAAAGUAUAUUAUGGUUUGCAACUAUCCUAUCAACGCUUGAUGCAUCAAUGGCCUCAUCAAAAAACAUUCCUUCAUCUUUUUUUCUUGAUAAAAGACUGCUAAACAUUUUUGAGGAUAAGAAAAUGGUUCGGAAUUUAAAUAAUUUGAUUUAUAUGAUUUUAUAUUUGGUUCAUGAAAACUUUUCAUCUAAAGUGUCUGGGGCAGUUCAUUCUCAACAAUUUGAUAAGUUCCCACCACUUCCUCCAAGCAUUGAAGCAAUUCUUCAAUCAAUUGAAUUUGAUUUUUCUCAUGAAUCACAGUUUCCUUGUAAUAUUCCGAAUUUUCAAGGAAAUAGCCCUAAAUCAAUCGUUAGUGAUGACCCCAGUUUACUUUUUUCUUAUUAUUCGAUGGGUUUUUUAAUUAUGUACAAUACUGAAGUUGCAUUCCAUACAAAUAAUAAAAGGCUUUUUCUUAGAAAUAUUUGGGGCUCAUGUAUAGUUAAAUCGUUAGAUUGGGCUUUUCAACCUUUACUUAAAAGAAAUAAUAAUGUUGCAAAUAUGAUUCAUAAAUACUUUUUAUUACUUCAUAUUGAUACAUUCCCUUUUAGAAUAUUUCCUGAGUAUCUCUCAGGUAUUAGAAAGCCAGUAAUUGAAGCCUUGAAUUCACCAAAUUUUUUUUGUAUUGAUAGAAGAACAUUUAGAUGCUGGACAAAUAUUGUUUCGAAACUCGUUUCAUAUGAUUCAACUUCAUUAUCUGCUGUUGGAAGAGUAAAUAUCCUUGAAACUUAUGUUUCUUUACAAAGUAUGGGAAUUUUUAGCACAAGAGCUGCAGAACUUCAAAAUAGAUGUAAUCAUAUAAAGAGACUUGCUUUUUUGAUUUUUUGUUGUCCACAGAAUACAUUUCAACUACAACUCUCACUAAUCCUUGAAAAACUUGUUGAGAAUUUAAAACUUGCUCCUGAAUAUUUAAUUGAAUCUGACUCUAAUAUUGGCCUUCAUUUUGUAUAUUUAGCAGAACAAGUUUUGUUGUGUCUUAGAGUACUUUUGUUAAAGGUUCAUUACCAAUCCUUAAUGCCACUUUGGCCAAUAGUUCUAGCAGAAUUAAUUAAAAUCUUCAGAUUAAAAAAUCACCAAAGGCUUAAAAUUUCUGCAAUGAAAUUUGUAGACCUUGCCUCCUUAUUGGACAUUCCUGAAUUUCAUCUUUAUCAAUGGAUUUUUGUCAUUGAUUUUUUUGAUACGAAAGGUUCUAUUGAAAUUGAAAAUGAAAAAUGCAGUAAAGAUGACAGUUUAAACUCAGAUAAUACUUUAUUUUCUCCAUUUUGCAAUAUUUCAGAUGAAAAUGUUGACAAAUCAGUUUUAGGAAUAGAUAUGAAAACCCUGGAUCACUCCUUUAAUACAGAAACACCAAAGUUCCCAUUAAUCUAUCAGCGCAACAAAACAGAUAAUGAUAAUUUCGUUGAAAUGGCAUUACAACUAAAUAAUAACUGUUUAUUGAAUUCUAUAAAGAGUUCCAAAAUUGAUUAUGAAAAAUUACUAAGGUCAAUAGAAAAUGAUUUUAUUGAUUUCCCCGACAAUUUAUUAGAUUGGAGUUACAGUUGUGAUUUGUAUUCCUUAUACAAAAUGAUUCUAAAUCAAAAAUCUGGUUUAAAACACAACUGCAACAAAUUCUCAAACAUUUAA